AUGGGAUUUCCCCAGAACGGAUCACCGGCCGCCGCACUGCGGGUUUUGGCGUGGAGGGUGGCGGACGAGUUGGAGACUUUUAGUGACCACCUGCACAUCCUCUUGAAUAUCACCGCUUACUCGAGGAGCAGCCACGAAUCCUACAGUGGGAAUGUACCCUCACCACCGAGGUGGGCACUAGGGCGCCUUAACCAGGACGCCUUAAUGGCAGCCGUCCAUGCCGUGGUUUUGCCGGAGAGGACGAGGGUAGACUGUACAGCCCAGGAGGGAGCUGAGUGGUUUCGCUGGGCAAUAACAUCAGUCUGCGACGUCGCUAUGCCGAGAGCCGGAGAACCGCCCACAGGAUCCGUCUAUUGGUGGUCGCAUGAUAUUUCGCAUUUACGAGCUCAGCGCGUUCUCGCCCGACGCUCCUGCACCCGAGCCCGCCGGAGAAGGAGGACUGACGGGGCAGAAACUGCGCUGCAAUAUAAAACGUUCAGGUAG